AUGCAUCGUUUCCUCGGACUACCUUCCCGGGCGACUCUCGCUCUCGCUACCAUCCAACUCCACAGGGAAUUUACCAAAUGCCGGAAGCCGGGGGCCUUACUAACCCGCUGGCUCUAUCACACAGCCCUCCGCUGCACACCCCUCCUGGCACCCCGAGACUUCUGGUUCGGCCAAUGGAUGGAUGGCACCAAUGGAGCUACCUUUCAUGGCCCGCUCGGUGAUUCCCCACACUGCACCAUCUCCCGCCCCACCACAAAUCACCACUGGUGGAUCGAUGCGACUCACCAUUCCAUCUCCAUCCCCUGGUGGCGCCGACUCUCCGUGGAAAUCCAGGCUUGCCACGGCCCGCUACCUAUUGGUUCGUUGUUUCCGACGGCUCCCCGGGGCCAUGUACUAGCCGCCAGCCUCACCACCACAUGGCUCCUUACCAUACCCGCGGACCAACUCGCUCUCCGCAAUAUCUCAGGCAUCUACCAUACCUCCGCUCCCAAAUGGGGCAAGCUCACCGCCAGCAACCCGGUUUCCAUUCACACUGGCUUCCUCACCACUGGCCCCAUGACUCCCCUUCUCACCCCGGCCAACUCCACUGGACCGCAGCUCUCCGCCCCCUGGACGCAAUUCACUGGCUCCAUCGCCGCCACCCACAAUACUCCGAUGCCCGCCAACGGACACAAGUACCACCAACCCCAGGAUCCUCCCUACAAUGGGCCCAGAUCGAUAUCCCUAAGUACGACCAAUACGCCCAUGCCUCCCCUUCCCUCGCGCACUUACACGACCCACACUUCCACAAACAGUGGUUCUCUGCCCACUGAGGGGGCCUCCCUCACAGAAAAUAACAACAAUAUUCGGCUCAAACGCCAACACCACGACACCGCCCCAACGGCCAUGAUCGCCAUAUACGCACCCGCCGUGCUCAUCUGGAGCAACACCCCGCCGAUUCUGCCUCUGCGCCGCCCCCAGACCCUGAAUUACCACCUCCAGCAGCCUAAGCACACCGCUUUCCUGAAUUUGCGUCGCGGCGGCGUGGACUGGAGCAUGGACAGCGGCGGCGGGAAUCCCAAUGUGAACAUUGGCAACUACAAGGGUGUGAUGCUGUGCAACCGGCCCUUCAACGGGGUCGCUUCAGGGCCGGCUACGACGUUCAAGGACACGGAUUACUCGUCCAAGAACGCCCCGUUCCUCACUGGCAUACAUCCGCCUACGAUCGGACAGAAUGUUCCCAUCUUCAACGAGCCACUGCAUGCAAUCAAACGCGACAAGAAGAACACUGCGUUGUCCAAGCAUAAGAAAUGGCUCCAUGAUUUGCAAAAGGAGCGUGACCGGUUGGAAGAAGCGCUCAUGGAGGACGAGGACGAGAAACAGUUGCGAAGGGACCGCUUUUCCAAACGAGAAGCGGAUUUCCGAGCCCAAGUACGCCGCACGAACCCCGAAGAAGACGGCGCCGACCCGAAGGGAGCGAGACGUCCGAUGUGGGCUUUGACAAAGGAGACGGCUGACGAGAAGAAGGCCCGCGACGAAGACGAGGACGUCGACGACUUACUCGAGUUCGCCAACAACUUGGACCUGGAUAGCUUCAUGGACGACGUCGAGCUGAAGGCGCACGUGGCACAAGUAAAUGAGCAACUGUCCAAGUUGCAGGCCGUGGUCAACCAGGAGGAAGGCGAAGAGAAGAAAUCCGAGAUCAAGGACAUGCUGAAUGCGGAAAGGGCCGAGCGCCAGACACUCAACGCCGCUGCUUUGUCUCGACUUGACGGCGCCGACACCAAGGGAGUAAUCGACGACGACGCCGCGUCUGUCGCAUCGACCGUGUUGUCAGAAUGCAAGUCGAUUCGAUCGGUGCACUCGACGCGGUCCGUGAUGGCGCUAACCCGACGAGCGGAAGAUAAGCUCCUCAGCGCGAAGCUGGCGUCGGUACCGGAAGGAGGCAGAAGCGGCAUUGUUCCGACGCCCCAUGUGGUCACCCACGACGAGGAGUGCGGCAUGCGCCUGCAGAACAAACUCCUUCCCAGCAACCUCCCUUACAUCCACCGCAACCCAGCCAUAUAAUGGAGCACUGGGACAAAAGCUGUAACGUUAAUACUCGGGGGAACAAAAUAGACUUUAAUGAACGCAAGUGAAUACUACAACAGGCGUAACGACGAGCGCGUGGUCGGACGAGGCGGCCUGUGCUGCAACGCCGCCGCACGAUGCGACAGUUUCCGCUUCUUCGACGGGGAAGGAGUGGUGAUUUGACGGAACGCAAUGGCCAUUCUUCGCUGAUUAACUUGACCAUCCUGGGUGGACAGGCGCGAAAACAGGGGCUGCACUGACGGCGACAGCGUGCCUCGAUAGGCGAUGGGCGAAGGUUCCGGUGUCCACGUGAGUGGGUAAGGCAGCACGGACGAGUCUGCGGAGAUGGGACGAAGUGGGGACGACGGCGGUGGGGUAUAGCAAGGUGAAGAUCGGGAUUGACAGUGAAUCGACACAUUCGUCACAAAAGGCGGCGUAGCGUGGCGAGGACUGGAAAAAGCAUACACGAUGGGUGUGCUGUUAAGGAGUAGGUCCACAUCCGCGGCGAUACUGCCGGAUACAUGGCGAGGAGACGUAAACCCAUAGAAAGGCGAUGUCGUGGGAGGUGUCUUGCCACUAGCUGUGACUGGCGAUGGAAGGAGUAGGGGCAACGAGCGCGGGGAACUUGCACGAGGACGACGCACUCCAACGGCGACGGGUGAAGCUGGUGUUUGAGACGCGGAGUGUUUGGACGUGUCGGCACGCUUUGAGGCAACUUUGGCUUUCCGAGAUUGCAUGACUUGGUUGAUCAGCCCUGACCGCGAGGCUUUCUUCACCGGAAGAUUCGAGGGAGAAGGGGCGAGUGAUGCUCCGAUCAAAGACGCUGCGACCAUCUGGGGGUUGUUGGCAGCAUGCUGGACAAGCGGGCGUGUCAGCGCAGGUCGAGGGGUACUUGUAACUCGAGGGUGCUCAUCUUGGAUCGCCGCGAGGUGAACUUCGGCACUCGUGAACAUCCAACCAUUACUGCGUAGGCGGCGCUUGCCGUCUUGGACGUUCAAGUGAUUCCCUUCGAUGGCCCGCUUCAUGUUGUCAAGUGACAACUCGCACCAAACACCACACCAUCUUCUUCCGGAUAGAACUCUUCGAAGUGAUACCCCGCAUGCGAUCCUUCCGACACUUGCGCCAUGGGUCCAUUACUGUACCCGCCCACCACUCGUCCAAGCCGCCCGCCACAGAGAAACCACCACAGAGUGAACAUCACCGACGCCAAACAUCCACAGGGGCGAAGUCUAUGUGCUUGCCCAUCUUCCAUCACGUCCUCAUGUCCUUAUGCGCCGCCCCCUUCUUUGCCUUCUCGCGGCGCUUGGCUCGUCCAAGGCAAUGUAUAACCUUAGGUAUAGUAUG